AUGACUGAACCCCCCGACGAUGAAAGAACAGCACGAGAGGAUGGAAGCGUCAAUGGACAUUCUCGCGGCUCUUUGAUUACCGCCGCCGCCAAAACUGCGACUACUCUACUUCCGCAGUCCAUUGCCUCAGUCGUUUCUCUUUUCGCGCACUCAACUUCUCUUUCUCUACGCAUUGGGACUUACCUUGGCGGUGCUGCGCUCGGUGGCGCUAGAGUGACCACCCUGACAGGCUUGGAACUGAGCAGGGUUGUGGUGGAAGCUAUAUUAACGCGGGCUGGUCAUGAUGUUGCUGACCACAGCCAUGGAGAGUAUGGCAGGAUAGAAGCCGAGACCAUGCUCGAGCGUAGCUUGGCAGCUUUGCAUUCAACUGUGACGUCUACUUCCUUUUUUGCAUCCGCAGGUUUCCACUUGUCUAAAGUCGCACUUUUUUCACUAUCCAACUUGUCUCAGAAUCUUCUAUACACCCUGGAUGCAAUACUAGGCUCGACAGAAUCGUCACGGGCUAUUGCAGCGAUUGUCACUCUUAUUCGAAGAGAAUUCUCUAAGAAGGAUAAGGAGGAGGAUAGCGAUGUAGUCGGCGUUGGGGAUUUGCUCGUAGGAUCGAUAGGAUUCGCUUUGUUGCAACGCUGGGGUCAACUGAAUACAGAGAAACACCUGCGUCAGUCAGAAGGCGAGGUUACAAUAUGGGAUGUUGUCAUUCUGGAUAAUGGCAUGAGAGCAGACGUCAUUGGAACCCAGACCACUGAAUAUGCGCAAGAUAUGUCGGACGAUAUCGACGGUUCAUCUCGACCGGCGUCAAUCUUGGAUCACACUGGAGAACAGAGUGCAUUUGGUGCAUUGGAACAUGCUUACAAUCAAGACGAACAACCCUCACAUUCAUGGAAUAUAGCACCUGCUGACAUCCACAAUCAAUUAUCGGAUGAAGACCUCAAGCAUUAUAUCAUGCGACAGAUACCUAAUGGCAGUCGUGCUUCGAUCAGAACGGACUUGGUUACAGCACGUACUCUCACGGUGGAUAUAUUUGACGAUGACACUGCAGAGCUUGCUGCUCCUCCAGGGACAAUAAUGGUUGAGGAAAGGUUCCACCAUGGCCAAGCCUCACCGGAUACUAAACGCCUCCCCAGGCAUACUGUCGUGUUUAGAACUGCCUUCAAUGAGUCGCAAAGCACGGAUUUGCGAGCAGAAAAAUUUGAAAGCCAACCGACCUCGCUCUUGGAGUCUCACGAUCAUAGAGAAGCUACACAUGUUUCCAAUGACACUACUAUUGAUGCCACUACGGGCAAGAUUCAAAAGGAUAUUGAGUUGAAAAGAGACGUAACAAAACACAAAGUAUCACCAUCAGGUACCACGGCUGAAAAUAUUGCGAACGAAGGACGUAAAAGACCGCGCCGUGUCACGAGUUCAUCAUCACUGAGUGGUUCCGAUGCUCCUCGCAGCUCGUUUGGGAAGGCGUCACUCUCAAAGAUUACACAGAAAGUGAAGGCUGGUCCAAGUGAGAAGUCAGCACCUAAGAGUAAGAAUGUGGCCAAAAGAGCACCGGGAAAAUUCAAUGGCACUGGUUCCUCAACAUUGCCUAAGAUUAUUAAAAACCAAGAUAACGAAGAUCGGAAAAGGGAUGCAAGUAUCACAUCAGACAAUCGGAAUUCACGCUCGAACAAAAAUCGUUUGUAUGCGCCUACAAUGGCAAGUAUUAACCGAUCGCUUCCACCACUUCCGGCAAAUGAGCAUUCUAGAUAUCGUUCAACACCUUCACCGACAAAGGGUAGAAUUUCCCAGCUAAACCGACCUUCUUCCGGGACAAGCCGAUUGCCUGUUCCUAUCCCUGAUGAAGACACUGGUUCCUUUGUAGCCCACACUGACUCUUACUCAAUUCAUUCUUUUGAAAGCCGCCCUGGGUCUGCUUCUUAUUCUCGAACUCAUUAUCGAAGUAGCAGCUCACUUUCCCGGACUCCUUCAGAUGAUAUUAAGAAAUCUUUGACUCCUGACGCGCCACCGGGAUCUGCUCAAUCUCAUCGGCGGUCACGGUCAUUCGUACCUAGCAUUUACUCUAUGGCCACUAGCUCCGAGACAUCUCUUAUACUUGCUCCUCGGCCUAGGAAAAGUGUCUAUGAGGAUCAAUCCACAAUUGUCGGCCUCAACCGCAACGGUCUGGUGCCAGGAAUCUUCCCGCACAAUCAUUUAGUUAAGAAUAUCCGUCGCUUUUGCCGUUUCUCAUCUGCAUCGUAUGGCUCGAAUGCACUGAAAGCCAUGGGAGUACCACACGAACAGAAGACAAUUUCAUAUCAUGAUCCAGAAAACCAUGAGCACAGUUCUUUUUCCAACAUGACUGGGCUCCCGCAAUCCACCAUUCUUCUGUCAUCUUACGUGGACCCUGCCGGCGGCACCAACUCCGCUGGAGAGCUCGAUAGCGGAUUCCCUCUUGUGCAUUACCUCUUCCUCGAUCACGAGUCAAAAGCAGUGGUGCUUGCCCUGCGUGGAACAUGGGGAUUCGAGGAUAUCUUAACAGACAUGACAUGCGACUACGACGAUCUUGAAUGGCAAGGGAAAAACUGGAAAGUGCAUAAAGGCAUGCAGGCGUCAGCAAAACGGCUUCUAGAGGGCGGUGGUGGAAGAGUCAUGGCGACAAUCAAAGCAGCUCUCGAAGAAUUCCCGGACUAUGGUGUAAUAUUCUGUGGCCACUCACUUGGCGGUGGUGUGGCUGCUCUUCUUGCAACAAUGAUAUCGCAGCCAAAUGCUGAUACCUUAGGACCUUCUUUCGUGACGGCAUCAGCCCUUCAAGCAACACGACCGCUUCUACUGACAGCAAGUCAUCAGCAGGAAGCCGCAAGGACUUUUACGUUACCGACUAACAGACCUAUUCAUGUAUACGCAUUUGGUCCGGCGGCAUGUAUGUCACCGUUUCUUCGACGAGCUACACGGGGUCUUGUCACUACAGUGGUUAAUGGGGAAGACGUUGUUCCAAGUUUAUCUCUAGGAACCCUCCACGACCUUCGGGCUGUGGCUCUAUCAUUCAAAAGGGACACGACGGACUCAAAGACACACAUUCGUUCCCGUGUCUGGGAGAGUCUGAGACAGAGCAUCUUGAACAAAUUCUACGUGAACCAGCCUCCAAUACCAAUGGAUGCUGGCGAGGGUCUUGGCGAGGACACCUGGGCGUGGUCUACCCUUCAAAGCUUGCGCGAGGAAAUGAUAGCUCCAAAACUUCUCCCGCCAGGUGAAGUCUUUGUAGUCGAUACUAUGCGUGUCUUGCAACGCAAUGCAUUCACGUCCUCGACAGCUGCAGCUGGAACUGGAGCAUUGAACUAUUUCAAUCCUGACCACGACCAUCGCCCUCAAUUGGGCAGGCCUGCGACAAGGGUUCAGCUUAAAUUCAUUCGCAAUGUCGAAUCGUAUUUUGGCGAAAUGAAAUUCAGUUCUGGUAUGCUCGGGGAUCACAAUCCGGUACGCUACGAGGCGAGUCUGGCGGCUUUAUCUCGAGGAAUUAUUGACUAA